AGGAGCACGGCCUCCAUGUUCUGCAGCUUCACCUCAGAUCUAAGGCUGAUAACUUUCAGCAGGUCAUGAAUGGAGGAAGCUGGCUAACAUGGAACUCACAUAUCCAUCCAUAAUCAUCCCAGAAAACAUCUGUUUUCAUGUUUAGAUGAGCUCUACCUUCCUCCCAUGAGGAAGAUCGACAGCUUGCUGAACGACCAGAAGAAGCUGCUGUUAAGAAGAAUCAGCAUGAGCGCACAGCAUCAGGAGGCUCUGCACACGUAUCCCAACAUGACAGCCGACCCUCUGGAGUCUGGAGCAGUGUGGGUCCAUCUGGGCGGGGAGGGUUACAGCCGUAAGACCCUCAGUCGGGUCAAGAAGAGUGUUGCUAAGCAACAGGAUAUGAAGCUCUCCAUGGAAACCUGCCGGAUCUACAGCCUGUACCAUUCUCUGCACCACUACAAGUAUCACACCUUCCUGCACUGCAAGAGGGAGGCGGGGAACGUGGAGCAGGCGGCGGAGGACCCGGGCCAGGAGGAGGUGGUGCAGCAAUGCAUGGCCAACCAGGCCUGGCUGGAGGACCUGUUCAGCUCCUUCGUGGAGCUGCUCAGCCUUAGUGCAAAGGCCUGAAGGAGGAGGAGGACCCAGACUGGAUGAGUUCUAUGACAGCUCACCACGCAAACAACCAGAGAACAUCAGUUAUCUAUGACUUUUCUAGGUGGAACGUGUUUUUAUGAGGAACGCCUCUUAAGAAACUCUUGAUUCUAAAGAAGGUUCUGACCAAUAGUGGAUGAAUAUGGUGGAACAGAAGAACUUUGAUCGACAUCCACGAAAUAUCUAUAAAGGUGUUUUAUUACAUCUGGAAUGUAAAAUGUAUACAGUCACAUUUUUAAUGUUUGUUCUUAUUUUUGAAGAAUACUUUAAAGAGAUGAAGGAAACUUUCCUGGUUUAUUGAUUGAAAUGAGGUUCUGCUGAACUCUGAUAUUUGUCCAAUCAUCAGGAUGGAGGACAAGCUGGAAAAGUGUUCUGAUCCAAACCAUGAUGUUUCUGUUUCUUUUCUAAAAGAUGGUUUAUUGACCCAACAUGAAGCACGUUUUUAAUUCCAAAAUCAAUAGAGAAGAAAAGAUGACCCGGCCUAAAUGUUUAAUGUUGGUCAUUUUUAUCUGUUUCUUGUUGAUUUUUCCUACGGUUCUGUAAAUACUGUACAGCGUUCCGUUCUCUAGUCGGCAGUUGCUCUUCUGUACAUGAAAUUUCUGUAUUUGACAAAAGGAAGUAAA